CCGAGUAGUAGUCCGCUUUGCGCUAUUCGCGCCACAGUCGUCAGUACACGGCACUGUCCACUCCUGACUGGUUCGACUCUGUCUCACCCUCCUUUCCCCUCUUUCUCCCCCCUCUGCCCCUUGGGUUUUCGCCUGACGACGCUGCUCUCUCGGGCAUUUCGCCGGAAACCGACGCCGCGCGAGGACACGGAGUUUUGUUACGUGUACACACCGCUCUAUCUUUUUCACCGUUUAUAAGCAGACACGCAGGCAUCUUGCCCAACUCCCGCAUUCACCAUGAGCAGCAAGGAAAACAACGAGGUCGCUGUCGAGAAGGUGACUGAGAACGACAAGGCUUCCGGGGACGCGAAGUGUGAGAUCAAAGGAAUGAAGAGGCCAGCCGAGGAGAAAAAUGAUGAUACAAAGAAACAGAAGAAGGAAGAAAAUGGUGAUGGAGAAGUGGAAGAAGAGGAAAUAGAAGAGGAGGUUGAAGAGGAGGAAGAAGUUGACGGUGAAGGCGAAGAAGACGAUGAAGACGACGACUUACCAGAAGGAGAAGAAGAUUUAGAAGAAGGAGAAGACGAAGAGGAAGAUGAUGCAGAAGGUGAAGUAGAAGGAGAAGUAGAAGACGAGGAGGAAGACUCAUAAUGAAAAAAGGGAAAGGUGUAUGUAAGUAAGAAGGGAGGUAGGCACAUGGCAUCGUCGUCGAUCUUCGGCAGUCUUCUCAGCAAACACUUACUCUCAUAUUGAGUGGUUGGUAGCAAUGUUGAUAUCCAUCGUGCCCAGACCCUAUUGCCUCCCGACCUACGAGUAAAAAUUCCCACCUCACCGGAGUUGUGGUGGGCUGACACACAUUAGAGGCAGCCGCAAUUCUACUGUCUUGGCUCUUCGCAAUUCUGGUCGUCUAGCCAUCACCAAAUGCUGUUAAGUAGUUUGAAUGAAAACUAUAUAUUCGUCGUGAGGAGCUUAUUAAAUGUGUCGAUUCUUCAUAUAAUAUCUAAGUCCCUCCGUGCCCAGUCGUACGUUAGGUAACACA